CGAAAAACGUGCAGCGUGACAAAGAAUGAGUACUAAAUUUUUGCACGGCAUGCUGGGAUCGGCUUUUAAUUUCCGUUUUCUAUGCAAACGCGGAAGUGAGGCGUAACUCAAGGACGACACCAGCAAACGCUUGUCAACGACAGACGAGAGGUUUACAGAGAUUCAGCGGCGUAUUCGAGCGCGGCGACUUGCGGAAGAGGAAGUAAUGUCUGCGGAAGAGAUGCAGCAGGCGGUUAGCCGUCUUGAAGCAGUGGCGGCAAGGCUGGAGUCCCUCGCGGUUGCCGGGGUUAGCCCUCGAGGGGCUGCAGGAUCUGGAGGGUCAGGUGCCGAGGAUGGCCCGGCUGUUUUGGCGUAUGACAGCGAAAUCCUUGGUGGGAAGUACGCAGAGUUCAUCAAACUUAGCAACGAGCUUGGUGGCGAUUUGCAGACACAGGUCAAGAUGGUAGAGACUGGUUUCCAGGAGCUACGCAAGUUCAUCGCCAUGGCGUCCAGGAGCAAGAAACCAGAUCAGAGUAAAUUUCCAGAACUUCUUACACCACUGUCAACCUGCAUCAACAAAAUACAGGAGUUUCGUGAGAACAACCGACGCAGUCCGAUGUUUAACCAUCUGUCUGGCAUUUCCGAGGCCAUCCCUGCCCUGGGCUGGGUAGCUGUGGAGAAGACUCCCGGCCCCUACGUUAAGGAGAUGCAGGACAGUGGCAUGUUCUACACUAAUCGGGUUAUCAAGGACUUCAAGGAAACGGACCAGCGUCAUGUGGAUUGGACGAAGGCAUGGAUGGGUACGCUCCGCGAAUUGAUGGACUAUAUCAAGCAAAACCACACAACAGGCGUGACAUGGAACCCGCAGGGAGGAGAAGCUAGUGUGGGGGCCCCUAGUUCCAGUUCAGCCCCACCCCCUCCAGCUGGCGGUGCACCACCACCUCCACCACCACCUGGCCCCCCUCCCCCUCCUGCACCUACACCCAGCGAGGGAGGAAAUCAGGGGGGAAGUGAUGUCCGUGCAGCACUGUUUGAUUCCAUUAACAGGGGAACUGCCAUCUCUUCUGGUUUGAAGAAAGUAUCUGACGAUAUGAAGACUCACAAGAAUCCAGCAUUGCGAGCAGGUAGCACUGUUUCUGGUACUAGUUCCCACGGGGUUAGAUCUGGCCCCGCCCCGUUCAAGGUCUCAAACCCACCUCCCAAGGCGCCCAAACCAACAAGCAACGCCAAGGCUGCUGCAGCCACUGCUAAACCACCUGUGUUUGAGCUGCAACAGAAGAAAUGGACGGUGGAGUACCAGAUCGGCAACAAGACGAUGGUGAUUGAUGAUUCAAACAACAAACAGACGGUGUACAUGUACAAAUGUCAGGAUAGUACCCUGCAGAUCAAGGGCAAAAUCAACUCCAUUGUCGUUGACAGCUGUAAGAAGGUGGCCGUGGUGUUUGAUGGAGUCGUGUCCUCGAUUGAGUUUGUCAACAGUCAGAGUGUUCAGGCACAGGCGCUAGGCCAGUGCCCCACUGUGAGUAUCGACAAGACAGACGGCUGCCAGGUCUACCUGAGUAAGGAAAGCUUGAAUGCUGAGAUCGUCACCGCCAAAUCCUCCGAGAUGAAUAUUCUGGUGCCGGGAGAGGACGGAGACUUUAAAGAGUUUGCCUUGCCGGAACAAUUCAAGAGCGUUUGGAACGGAAAGAAAUUCGCUACUGACCUCACAGAAAGCGUCUGAUUGGCUACACAGUUGCUAUAGCAACCGCUAUACCUGCAAUUACACGCUAGCAUCUUCCAUGAUUGAAUGUGUUUGACUUGAUGGUUUUAAAUUGGUAAAAAAAAACUUACUCUCGGCCAAGUGUUAUUAUUGUGAAAUUUUGAAAUCUACUUUAUUGCAAAGUUUCAAUCUUGAAAGUUGAAACAAUUGAGCAGAAAACACUAGUGAUCAGUUUUCGCUGUCUAUAUAAAUAGAAACGUUAAAAAUCUUCAAGUCAUACAUAUAUUCGUAUAUGUUUUUGCAAGCUCUUGUUAGAAUGGCCUUCAUGAAUUAUAGGGAAAAUGUUUUUGAUUUUAUGAAUGUUUAUUGAAAAAGACAAUUUCUUUUACUACUAAAGUUAUUUCUGCUGUACGAAUACACAUAUUUCUACAUUUAUUAAUAAAAUGUGCUGGAAUACUGUUAUCAUUGUUUUUAAAUCACGCAAACUUAUAAAAAUUAUACCGAAAAAAAAUAUCUUAAAUUCAUUUUUGCGACAAAUAAAAGGGCUGGGCUUGUGUGUAUGUCCAGAUAAAUUCAUUCUUAAAGCUUAGCUUCAUUCCAGUAGCACAUAUGUAAAGAUCCUACUGUAGAUUUGCACAAAAUAUUAACAGGGGUUCUCAAGUUCAGGAUUAAUCCAGAAGCCGGGAUUGAGAACCUGCUAACUUCCGACUAUUGUACAGUUUUAAAGAUUGUUUUUUGAUUGGACAUCAAAAACUAGAGGAAGUACCUUGAAAUUAAUAGAAAUGACUUUGGAAAUAAUUUUAAAAGGUGUCUAAGCCCCUUUAGUCUGAUGUGGGUAUGAAUCCCUCGCCCCUGAGUAUUUUUCGUAAUUGAUGACUAUCAACUUUCAAGAUCCCCUAGCCCCCAAGACACAUAGUUAUGCACAAAAUAUGAAAUCAAGAAGAAAUGUGUGUAAGAUGUAUAUUUGAAAUUUGUUAACUUUAAAACUUACCGAAUGCACUUGUUAAAAUCUAUAAAUUUAUGUUUGGUAAAAUUGGGAAUUUCAUAACACUUAUUAUAAACUUAUAACGUAAUGCACUUGUUAAAAGUACAAUACACUCCAAGGUAUAUCGGUUUGUGUUAUUCGUAAACCUAAUUUAUUUUACAAUGAUGGAGAAAUAUGCUGUUUCAAACUUAAACUUAUCCCACACAUUGACAUUAGCGUGUAUCUCAGUUAAGGAAUUGGAUGUAUAAUUGUGUGUAUUUUAGAAGCCUGGUGACCCGAUAUUAUAUUGAUGUCAUUUGAAAGGGAUUUAUGAGUAGGGAAAGGAUAUAUGUUAAAGAUAUUGCAAAGAAAUAUUAAAAUCAAGAUAUUUUGGCCUUGACAGUUGAGGAAUAGGUAACAUUGCGCCUAAUUCAGUAGAAAACUAAACAUGAAGGUCGUUACUGAAAUUACUUUGUCUAUAAUGCUUGUUCAGUCAUUUAUUUUACAUCUUACUAAUCAAGAAACAAAUACCUUUCAAAUGAUACAAAAAUUGUAUGGGUCAUAAAGCAUGAAAAUUUAAUUUUUUUGACAAUGGUAGGAUUAAACAACAAGCUUAGUUGUACAUCUAAUACCUUAAAUGCUCAUUAGCUGCUAUAAAUAGAUAUGAAUAAAUACAUGUACAUCAGGUAUGUAUGAGUUUAUAAGAUAUGUAUAAUGGCAUCUAGUUUAAAAUGAUAUAUAACAUAUCACCAUGGACUUGGCUUUGAUGAACAUUCUUGCCUGGAAUUAACGUCUGUGGCUUUUCCUUCGAUGAAUUAUCUUGCCAGGAAUCAACAUCUGUAUGUCUAAGAAAAUUUUAUCAUAUCUAAAAGUGCAUGAUUUUCAUUUGAAACAUUUUAUUUGGUGCUUGUUUGAAGUCUAACUUUUAAAGUGGGCAUUACUUCCAAUUGCCAUGGAAACUGUUAAGUACAAAUUGUAAUAAAAUUGUCGAGUCCAAUUUGUAAUAGAGUUUAUGUCAAUUUUUGUGUGCAAUAUCUCUGUGAUGACGAUGAUUUUUUAUACUAUUAGAAAAAUGACCCUACAUCAAAUACAUUAGACUAUAGAUGUGUUCUACCAAAAUAAUUGAUUUUGUAAGUCUUGACACCAUAGCACUAAAUCUCGUAGGAGUUAUUCGACCUGGUAUCAAACUUGCUCAAAUCAGUAGCAACUUGUUCAUAUGAUUCCGUCUUGUUAAUUAGUCACUUGUAGAAUAGUUAGCGUUAUGUUAGCAAUAGUUUAUCCCUUGCAUGUCAUGCUCUUACACGAACAAAAUAUUUGUAAAACCAGAAAGUUAUUUUAGUUGAAAUAUUUUCCUUAUUUGUAAAAAGAACCGUUUUGACUAUUCGACGAUAUCGUAUUUACCGGUAAAAUUUGCUCAUGAGUUUUGUUUUUACCGGUAUAAUUUGCUCAUGAGUAUUGUAUUUACCGGUAUAAUUUGCUCAUGAGUAUUGUAUUAACCGGUAUAAUUUGCUCAUGAGUAUUGUAUUAACCGGUAUAAUUUGCUCAUGAGUAUUGUAUUUACCGGUAUAAUUUGCUCAUGAGUAUUGUAUUAACCGGUAUAAUUUGCUCAUGAGUAUUGUAUUAACCGGUAUAAUUUGCUCAUGAGUAUUGUAUUAACCGGUAUAAUUUGCUCAUGAGUAUUGUAUUAACCGGUAUAAUUUGCUCAUGAGUAUUGUAUUUACCGGUAUAAUUUGCUCAUGAGUAUUGUAUUAACCGGUAUAAUUUGCUCAUGAGUAUUGUAUUAACUGGUAUAAUUUGCUCAUGAGUAUUGUAUUAACUGGUAUAAUUUGCUCAUGAGUUUUGUUUUUACCAGUAUGAUUUGCUUAUGAAUAUUGGAUUUACCGGUAUUAUUUGCUCACGAGUAGUGAAUUAACUGGUAUAGGAUCAAAAUGCUUGAAAGGCAUAUUUCCCCUAUUUAUGGAUAUAAAAUAUCUUGUUUCAGAUGGAAUGUUUCAGCUAAAUAUAGAUGGUAGUGUUAUAUAUUUUUAAACUGUUUUGUAACUUUCUGUGUCUCUUAACAUAAUAAAUGUAGCCAUAAUUCUAAUUAUGUAUUCAAACUGCAAAUAUGACUUUGCUUUUGUACUCACUAGAACAAAUAAAUAAUUUAUCUAA